AUGCGAUUCGGCGCCAUCAGAGUUUUUUCGAAGGGACCUUCUCUCGGCACUUUUUGCAAAACUUCAGCCUCGCUGCGCUAUAGCAGCCAAUCAUAUUCAACCAGAUUCUGCUUCACAACCUCGACCGGUGUGAAAAUGGCUUCCACGUCGGCACCUGCCGCGGCUGGGGGUGGUGAAGGAGUCCAGCAGAUCGACAGCUACAAGCUCCAACAUCAGCAACAGAAGCAGCAGACAGGAAAGAGGCCAUUUCAGAACGGCCAAGGCGGCGGUGGAAAGGGUGGACGUGGUGGCAAGUUCAAGAAGAAGGGAAAGAAGGCGAAGCCGCCUGCCGAGGGUGGACACGAUGAGGUCCUCCGGCUUGAUAUCGAGGCUCUGAUGGCCAAGAGCAGGAACGAGGCCGCCGAGGGUGCUGAGGGUGAAGAAGCUGCCGCCGAGGAGGAAAAUUUGCCAGAGCAGGGGAGCGAGGUUCUUGUCGAAGUUGUGGCAUUGUCUUCCACCGGUGACGGCCUGGCAAAGAUGAAGGGCUCUGAUCGCAUCUAUGUCGUCCCGUUCGCCGUUCCGGGAGAUAUGGUCACGGUCAAGGCCUACCGCCACGAAGAAACCCACACCGUCGCCGACUUCAUUUCUGUGGUCGACCCCUCUCCCCUCCGCGACGACAGCCGUAUCCAGUGCAAGUACUUCUCCAAGUGCUCCGGCUGCCAGUUCCAAAUGCUCGACUACGCCGAACAGCUCCGGAUCAAGAGGGAGACUGUCGUCAAGGCCUACAAGAACUUCUCCCAGCUCACCCCCGAGCUCGUCCCCGAGAUUUUGGACACCAUCGGCUCCCCUCUGCAGUACAACUACCGCACCAAGCUCACCCCUCACUUCGACGGGCCCUGGAACAACCCCCGCCGCGGCCCGAAGAAGCAUCUCGAGUCUUGCCCACCGAUAGGCUUCACCCCCAAGUCAGCCCGCAAGGUAAUGGACAUUGAAGACUGCCCCAUCGCCACCCCCGCCGUGAGGAAGGGUCUCACGGCCGAGCGUGAGCGGAUGAAGACCGAGUUCUCGAAAUACUCCAACGGCGCCACGAUUCUCCUGCGGGAAAACACGAUCCGAGUUCCCGCCGGGGGUGAAGCGCCCUCUGACAUUCCCUCCGAUGCGGUCGUUGUCGGGACGCCGGGGUACACCGACUACAAGACUCACAUCACGGACAACAACGCCACGAGCACCGAGUACGUUGACGAUUUCAUCUUCACCAACCCGGCCGGUUCGUUUUUUCAGAACAACAAUUCCAUCUUGUCGCCCUUUACGCAGUACAUUAGGGAUCACAUUUUGCCUCCUGCCAAUAAGGAGGGGAUAAAGUACCUCAUUGACGCCUACUCGGGCUCGGGGCUUUUCACCAUCACGCAAUCAGCUUUGUUUCCGGGGGGGAGCAUCGGGAUUGACAUUGCCGAGGGCUCGAUCGCUUAUGCUAGGAAGAAUGCAAAGCUGAACAAUCUGGACGAGGGGCAGUGCAAAUUCAUUGCUGCCGACGCGCCGGAGCUGUUCAAGAGUGUGGAGGGGUAUAACCCGGACGAGACGGUUGUGGUGCUGGAUCCGCCGAGGAAGGGGUGUGACGCUAGCUUUUUGAGCCAGCUGCUGAGGUUUGGGCCGAGGAGGGUUGUUUAUGUGAGCUGUAAUGUGCACACGCAGGCGAGGGAUGUGGGGGUUUUGGUUAGGGGGGAGGUGGAGGGGGUUGUUGAUGAUACGGAAGAGACGGAUGGGACAGAGAGGAAAAAGACGAGGUAUGAGAUUGAGAGCUUGAGGGGGUUUGACUUUUUUCCGCAGACGGCUCACGUUGAGGGGGUGGCGGUGUUGAACAGGGUUGAGGAUAGGUAG